UCCUCUGACGCACGACAGCAAGCAUUUUUUGAAUGAGUGGAAAAAGAAAAGAGACAGCUUGAGAAAGAUAAAUAAAAGCAACAGCUCUGUUCUGUUUAUACAUCUGCUUGCGUUUAACGAGUACGCGGUCCUGAGGAGAGCAUCCUUACCCAGCUGCGCAGUCGUCGAGCGCACUCACCCGGUAGGAGGCUGAGGACGGAGAAAGAAGCAGGACGAGCUCUGGAGUCGAGGACUUGCAUUUUAAGCAAAACAGGAGAGCGGGAAGAAGAGGGAGAGUGUCAGAGUCGCCAGAGAGUGAAAAGAGAUUGCACAUUCCUCUCACGUCUUCAUCUCUCCUCUUCCUCCUCUCACCACGGGGAGAGGAGAGGGUGAGGAGAGCAGGGGAUGGGGAACGAAGAUGAAUCUAACAGCAUCGAAACUAUUGCGCUGCUGUUUUCUUGUAUUCUUAUUUAUUUGAAUGCUUCCCAGCUGCAGCACAAACCUAAGCCCGGCAUCAGACAGUGAGCAGGACGUAGCGGGCCACAACAGAACACGCCGCAGGAUAUGUGAAGUUGGAAUCCCUCUAAACUAAUGCUGUGAAGUGGCUCUCUACCUGGAGCCCAGACUUCACCUUCUUGGUGUCAGUGAGGAUGUUGUGGGUUACCUUGCUGAGCACCAUAGCCUUAGGAUGGAGCACCCCAAUCCCGCUACUAGAGGACUCGGAGGAGAUUGAUGAGCCGUGCUUCGAGCCUUGCUACUGUGAAGUCAAAGAGGGCAUCUUCCACGUGCACUGUGACAGUAAAGGAUUUACAAAUGUGAGCCAGAUUGCUCAAAUAUGGAGCCGGCCGUUCAAACUCAACCUUCAGCGAAACUCCAUGAGGAAGCUCUACUUUAACAGCUUCCUCCAUCUCAACAAUGCCAUAUCUAUAAAUCUAGGUAAUAAUGCCUUGCAAGAUAUCCAUGCUGGAGCAUUCAACGGUUUAGGAAUACUCAAACGGCUUUUCUUACAUGAGAACAAGCUAGAGAUUUUCCGGAAUGACACGUUUCUCGGGCUGGAGAGUUUAGAAUAUCUCCAAGCAGACUACAACGUCAUUAAAAGGAUUGAAAGUGGUGCAUUCAGGCACCUGCACAAAUUGAGAGUGCUUAUACUGAAUGACAACCUGAUACCUGUGCUCCCAAAUUAUCUCUUCCGGUCUGUUUCACUCACACAUUUGGACCUGAGAGGGAACAGACUAAAGACAUUGCCGUAUAAGGGGACGUUGGAGUAUGUUGGUCGGAGCUUGAUGGAAAUUCAGCUGGAGGAGAACCCUUGGAACUGUGUGUGUGAAAUUGUCCAGCUUAAGACGUGGCUGGAGAGGAUCCCCUACACUGCUCUGGUGGGCGAGAUCACAUGUGAGUACCCCUUCCAUUUACAUGGGAAAGACUUACGGGAAAUCAAGCGCAGCGAGCUUUGUCCUUUGCUCUCCGAUUCGGAGAUCGAGGCCAAGCUGGGAAUUCCUCGCAUCCCAUUCAGCAACGAGAACACGUGGCCUACCAAACCUUCCUCCAUGCUCUCUUCGUUUCACAACACAGCGUCAUCGGCGAUGAAGCCCACAAAACGACCUCGGCCCACCAGAAAUCCUCCCACCCCUCGUAGCAUUUACCCAGGCAUCAACCAGCCUCCCAUUGCCGGCUACCAGACAAGACCGCCGAUACCAAUCAUUUGUCCUGUGGGAUGUCUUUGCAACCUUCACAUCAAUGACUUGGGCCUAACGGUGAACUGUAAGGAGAAAGGCUUUCACAACAUCUCAGACUUGUUGCCACGACCUCUCAAUGCCAAGAAAUUAUAUCUCAGUGGGAACCUAAUACAGAAAAUCUACCGUUCCGAUUUUUGGAACUUCUCCAGUUUGGAUUUAUUGCAUUUAGGCAACAAUCGGAUAUCCUACGUGCAGGAGGGUGCUUUUAUCAACCUGCCCAAUUUAAAGAGUUUAUAUCUGAAUGGGAACGAUAUUGAGAGGCUGACCCCUGGGAUGUUCAGAGGACUUCAGAUGCUGAGUUAUCUCUACUUUGAGUAUAAUGUCAUACGUGAAAUACAGGCCAACUCCUUCUCUCUCAUGCCUAAUCUGCAGCUGGUUUUUCUCAAUGACAACCUGCUCCGCUCGCUCCCCGAUGACGUGUUUGCCGGCACCAACCUCGCACGCCUCAAUCUUCGCAACAAUUACUUCCUUUCUCUGCCCGUACGUGGAGUCCUGGAGCAUCUGACCUCCAUUGUCCAGAUUGAUCUUCAUCAGAACCCCUGGGAGUGCUCCUGCGAUAUCAUCCCUCUCAAACAAUGGCUUGAAAAGCUCUCCUCUGUCAUUGUGGUCGGAGAUGUCAUCUGCAAGACCCCGGAGUUUGCCAUUGGGAAGGAUUUGCGUUCACUGGAAGUGGAAGUCCUGUGUCCUGAACUUAAGUAUUCCUCAGGCCCCUUGCCGGCUCAACCUGGAGGACACGACCUCACCACAGGGAGCGGCGGGAUGGGGAAGGCAGGUGGAAGAGAUGCAGUGCCGCUGUCUGUCCUCAUCCUCAGUUUGCUCAUACUCUUCAUCUCUGCCGUGUUUGUGGCAGCUGGGCUGUUCGCCUUUGUUCUUCGCCGGAGGAAGAAAAUGCCCUUCAGGAAGCGAUCAGAGGUGGAUCUGACAGGGAUCCAGAUGCAGUGCAGGAUUUUUGAGGAUGCGCCAAGGCAGAGUAGCGUCGGCAACACAAGCACACUGGAGAAGCCGACUCCCAGCUUGCCUACGCACACUCACCCCAGUCACACACAUUCCCAUGGCCACGUUUAUGAUUACAUCCCCCACCCUGUGACUCAAAUGUGUAACAACCCCAUCUAUAAGCCCCGAGAGGGCGAGAUAGCAGCAACAGCAGAAGACAGAGGACACUUUUCCGCCAAGAAAGACAAUGGUAGCAGCGGUAGCAGCAGCAGCAACAACUAUAGAACCUUGUUAGAGAAAGAGCGAGAGUGGAGCCUGGCCGUCUCCAACUCUCAACUCAACACCAUCGUCGCAGUCAACCACACCACAGCUGACCUGGCAGGCCUUCAUGAGAACGGUGGGCUCUGCCCGACUGUCAUUGACAGUCAGAGACCCACACCGACGGUGGGGUUUGUUGACUGUCUGUACGGGACAGCUCCCAAACUAAAGGACAUGCAUGUGGCGCAUGCACACCCACCCGGCAUGCAGUACCCGGAUUUGCAACAGGAUGCUCGGCUGAAGGAAACAUUGCUUUUCACGGCAGGGAAAGGCUGCUAUCCUGACCCGUCCCAAAGCGAUUACCUGGAGUUAAGGGCCAAACUUCAAACCAAGCCUGAUUACCUCGAAGUGCUGGAAAAAUCGUAUCGGUUUUAACAUCUCUAGCCCUUGGAAAAGAAUGAACCACAAACAUGAUCACUUUAACACAUCCACCCGAAAACCAAUAUUAGAAGAAAGUCUAUCUGGAAAAAGCAGCAUGAUAUGAAAUAAAAUAUUCUACAGUUUUAACAGUGCCGCCCAAAUCAUUACGGAGGAGAGGCUCUUCUCAGAUAUUUCAAUCAAGUGCCUUUUUUUCAGAGUAGCCAGCAAUGUCAGCAGCCGUUAUUUUUGUAAUAUAAAUAUCUCUAUUUGCUGAGAUGAGCGCGUAAGAGGAGCGAGAGGUGCAUCGGGAAAUAAAACAUACAACACAUCGUGAAAUACAUCUGUCAGUGAAAACCUUUUGUUUCUGGAGUUACCAUGACACACGGGAGCUGGAUGUCUCCCUGACUUGGAGGGUUAUUCUCUGUCUCUUCUACCCCUCGCUAGGAUGUACAAAGACCCGGAGGCCGUGCACAUUAAGGCAAUGGGAAAUGAUUGAAAGAGAUAAAAAUGAAUAUUAAUAUGAACUGCAGUUUGCUGCAUGCACUUGUUUCAGUGCAGGAAGCAGAAAAACGGGGGGGUGUUGCAAUUGUUCACUUCAUCAAAUUAUGAACAGUGAUCUAUUUAAGUUUUCUAUAUUAUGAAUAUGGUUGUUACUAUUAAUUACAGUAGGACUUCUGUCUAUAUCAGGGUGCUUCUCAUAAAGGAUGCGCCAACGACGCACGGAUGGUUAAACAUUUGUGAAUAUUAUCAAAGCUCAAGGUUUUUUGGAAAUUUCCAUGCACUUUGUUAAAACACAACCCCACUUGCCUCUGGAUCCUGCCUCACUCGACUGUACCCCCCCCCAACCCCCUCCCAACCCCUCGCCCCAUCAUCAUCACCCACUAACAGCUUUGUAGGAGGCACUUUUAAUGUUUUCUCUCUCACAAAGAUUUGAAGAAAAAUGUGCAUAUAUUUAUUCUGUAAUUUCAGUGAAGACUUUAAUUGUAAAGGUAAUGUUAAAUCAAUGUAUAGUGAUUAUGCGUCUGGUAUAGCCUUCUUAAUAAAAAGAAACUCUUUAAUCAAAUGUCAGGAGGGUUGAUACCACCUAAAGGUGUGUGAAAGAAUAUUGAAGUGUGUGUGUUUGAUUGUUCAAGAGGCUGUGACGACCGUAUCAGAGUUGGAGGUAGACAAACCUUCAAUGUGGGCUCAGGAGAAUUUAGUAGGAAAUCAUACAAAAAGUAAGAAUCGUGUCACAUCUUAAUUGGACUUUUGAACUCACACUUGCACAAAGUCAUUACUUAAGUCAUUCAAAAGUAAUUUUCUACUUUUUUGUAUGGAAUGCUUUGGAAUUCUUGAGAGAACCAGGCUCCGAAAUUUGAAAAUGAUGAUGGUUUCCAUAGCAGAUAAUUACUUAACCUAAGUUAGCAUUUUAUUUCACCACUGGAUGUAAUGUGAUAGCACACGAUGCAUAAGCGGCACAUACAUAUAAAUGCUAUAUAAAAAUAUUUUCAAAAUGAGUGUGACAAGCUGCAGUCUUCAUUUUCCAAAGAGGCAUUCAUGUUGUAGGUUAUGAAAGACUGAGUGACACGAAGAGUGAAAAAUACCCAAUUUAUCUAAUGCCCCAGUAAUAGUAGUGUGGUUUCAGGCCACUGGAGGGCGACACUAACAUGAUGAGCUCCUUUGAAUUUAUUGUUAGAAUAACGCACAAAAUCAUCCUCCCCUGCUGUUAUUUUGAUUUUUAUGUAUACUAUGCACAACAUUUAAACACAGAGUUUGUGGCAUUUAUGAUAUACAUUAAUUUUUGUUGUUUAUGCAAUAUUUUUUUCCAAAGUGUGAGGUAAUUGAAGGCGCUGUAUUGCAUUUUAUGUCCCAGUUUCCUACCUUAAAGUUCACUUUACACAGCUGUUGACAAAAAUAUAUACAGUUCACGGUCAAAAUUUUGAUAUGGAACAUUGCAAUUGAUGGGGAUGUCACUCCAAACUAAUUUUUUUCAGCAUUUGUAACUUUAUAUAAAAUAAAAUAUUAUGUAGUGGAAUGUGUUAAAUAGACUGGAAUCAUGUGGUUGCCUAUUGGUCACAUUCAAAUAUCCCAAUAUUAUCUUGUUUCAAUCUGUUCUCAUCAAACAACAAUGUGUUUCAUAUUGAUCUAUGCUAGACAUUUCUAUGAUCUGUUAGAGACACACCCAAACACAUGCAGCCUUCCCUUUCCAGGACCGUGAGGCUUGGACUGGUCAGCAUUUUCACACUGCACUCACUUUGAUUAAAAGCAUCAUGCGUCAGUUAACCCCAACCUUUACAGUCACCCUUUAAUGAAUGAAUAAAUAAGUACAGUUUGGGCGAUCACAGAGGAUGGCGAACCGAGGUCGAACCGUCCUAUACAUCUCAGCCACCUUUAAUCCUUCACCCUGUGUUUGGCUCUCUGAAGUUUUGGCUCACUGUGUCAUGCUGAGUGGUUUUAUUCUAAUAAAUCCUCUUGUUAUCCCACACUAAUAUCUCCAAGGGAAGUCAUGCACAGCAGGAAUAUUAGAUAAUGGUAACCAAUGGGAUUUAAGACCGGCUGGCAGUUUCUCCUUUUUUUUUUUGUGAAAUGUAAACAUGCAUUAAUUCUGCUUGUUUGAAUCGUCCUCUAUGCUGUCAGAGAUGUUUGAAUUUGGCAACCUUGCCUUUCAACAUCUCUCUUGGGGUUUGUGUGUCGACAAGACUUCUGGGUAAAUGGAGGAUGUUGUGUAUUUGUGUGUACGUGCGUGCCUCUUCGAACAGUUGGGCUCUGUUGUGUACUCGGUUCUUCCUGUCUGCGUCAAUGUAUGGUUUAUAAUGAGCUUUAUUGUGUGCGUCUACUUUGGUAGCUGGUUUGGUUGUUGCAGCUUCAAUGGGUAGACUAUUUGUGUGGGGUUCUUGCUAGUGUAAUUCCGAAUUGAAACCAUUUGUGUAGUAGGCUACAUUCACACUGCAGGUCUACUCUUAAUUUGAUGUCACCUGGAUUCAUGCUAGUGUGGAUGGUAUUCAGAUCUAAACCCAAUGUGUAUCGAUGCUAUCGCAGUCUGAAUGUUGUGGUUGCAUAUAUCGAACUUAUACGUAAUCGAAAGGCAUGUUUUACCAUGUGGGAGUACUGACAAAUGUAGGCAAAAGGUUAUUGUCGUCUGAAUCUUCUUUUUAAAAUUAGUUUUGACGUCUUUCUUUUUAAUUUCUUACAAAUGUUGGCAAUGUUCUUCAGUAACGACAUGGCACCACGUCAUAUUUUUGUGCACUCACAUUUCACAUGUUUUGGUAAUGUGAAAGACAACAUGAAAAAAUUCCAAUUUCUUGAUUUCUUUGACCCGCUUAAAGGAAAACUGCACACAAAAUUUUUGGCCAUCAUCCACAAUCCUAAUGUGAAUCAUGUCAUAUUUUCUUUCCCAUAUUUACUUUCCCUUUUCUGUGUAUUUUAACAAGAGAAAAUAUGAGCUAGAUAACAAUGCACGUCAUUGGGACCUACCUAUUUUGACUAUUUUGUAUUGUUUGAUAUACAUGCAUUAACACUUACAAUGAUGAUAACAUGUAAUACUUACAGUAUCUUGCUGUAUUUUGAUGAUUUAAAACAUUACAGAAACUUCUUUUCCUGGCGCAUUGAUUUUAGCCCACGAGCGGCUUCUGUCAACAACAGUAGCAUAGAAACGUCAACGGCACUUACUAUGUCUACUCUUCCAUCUGUUCCGCCUGUGAGUGACGCUGAGACGAGCGGCUAGUGAGGCGUUAAUCUGCCAGAUAUGGAAUGGAACACCAUUGGAAUUUUUGGGGGGCUUUUUUUGCUAGCUCAAACUAACUUGUUUUCUCUCGGUAGGAAAGGAAAGGAAAAUUCCCCCCAAAAAGUGCAGUUUUCCUUGAAUUCACUCAAAUUUAAUCAUCACAAACUCAGCAGAGCAGAAGACACCUCUUGUAAUGUUUAACCCUUUGUUAUUGACACAUUUUUGUCAUCUAUUCCUACACUCACUCAGUUAUCCAACAGUUUCCCAGCUUUAAGAGAUGCCAUGACUUUUUUUGGUCUUUGCCAGCAAGUAAGAGGCCUAACCCUGAAUUCACACCAGUCACAUAUCACGUACGUCACGUCCGCGGAUCAAUUAUUGCACUUAGAUUGAAACAGCUCAUGAGAAAACUCACAUUAGAGGCGCUAGUGAAGUGUCUCGUAUCCCUCAGCUUUAUUGCUCCUUUGCUUAUUUUAUAUUUAGGUUCCAACUCAGUAAUACGACAAAACAAAACAAAUGUAGCAUUGGGCACUUUUUCCAGUGAAACAAAAGACACGUCAUCAUGUGUAAUUGACUUACCGUCAAUAUGUAAAGUUGUUGAUAUUGAGCGCCAUGCCGUUUCUAAUGUUGUUCUUGUAAAACUGGUGUUUUGGGUAAUGUAAAAGGUUAAAGUUCUCCACUUCAAAGAUGCAUCGUUCGUCAUCCAUCGUCUUUAGUGCUGGUUAUCGUUUAUUUUGUUAAAAAUCUGAAGUUUAUUUUGACACCAGAAGCUGUCUUCGGGUGUUUCUCCUACUAGGAUGCUGCUAAAUGUCCAUGCAAACAUCAACGUUUAUGUCAAGUGUCAUUUGCCAGACUGAUUAAAACAGAAGCGAUUUGAAAGCACCCCUGUGACGUUCAUCUGGUGUGAAUUCAGGGUAAGGUAGAUAGAUGACAGUGAGAGAAAAAGAAAGGGGUCCAAGGAAGAGUCCAUGUACAAGGUGGAGGUGUAUUUGGAAGGGCUCAAUCGGGCAACAGUUGUUUUGGUUUCCUAGGAUUUUCUAUAAUAUUUACAGUAUUUCAGUUGUCAGCCACAGUUGAGAAUGUGAUCAAUAAAAUUUGCACCAAAGCAUUUAUAAUUCCGGAUACAGUUCUUAGGACAACAACUGCCACUGGAAUGGAAGCUAGGUAAUAGGCUACAAUACAGCGCUCUGUUUUGUUGUCAUACACUUCCUUACACAAUGUGUUGGUUUGAAGGCCAAAUUUGCUUUUGUUGCAUAUUAAUUUCUUUGCAUACCAUAUUUGAUUUUGAUGCAUAUUUUAAAUAUUUAAAUGGAAACAAAAUGUGUCAUUUUGACCAUUAAGGCUACUGUUUUGGCAUGUUUCUGCUUGACUGCUGUAUCAAAAAAAUCAAAGAAAACUGUAAAAUAAGCAACAUAAUAACACGGACUGCUUAUUUCACUUCUUUAAUAUUAGAAUGUACAUAUUUGUUGGUGCAUAGGAUGUAAAAUAGGAUUCAUUUACAUCAAAAUUCCAAUUAAAACCAUUACAGUUGUAUUUCACAUUAGCUUAAUGAAUGUAAAUGAAAGUAGAGAGUUCUACAAACACUGGUGUCAUGCUGUCACUAAAUCUGAAUUUUUUUUCAAUUAAUUUUUUUAAUUUAUUCAUGUAUUUGCAUUUUGAGGGUGUUUGAAGCUGUUCAUUAAUUUUUUGACCUGACCUACAAAGCUGCUGCUAUUUGGCACCGAACCUGUGAGUGCUUGCAUGCGCGUGCAUUUCUGUGUGAGUGACAACAAUGCCUGGUUCUCCUGUGUCAGCAUUAUCUGAUGGAUCUGUGAUGGUAAUUAUUGUGAUUGGCUGCAGGAAAUGAAGAGUGGAAGGGGAAGCACAGCAGAAAAGGGCUC